GAGCUCAGAAAUACAUUUAGGUCUGUUGCUGGGAUUUAGUUGAAGACAAUUGUCUGUCUUCACAAACGUGCUGUAUUGGUAUUUUGUCGAUUGCGCUAUUCUAUUUCGCUGCGCUCGGAGAUGAAAAAAAUGGAUAUUCAUAUUUCGGUUCUGCAUAGGAGGAGGUAUGUCUCUGUCUUUCUUUUUCUCCUCUCCUGUAUAAACGUAGUAGCAGCAGUCACACACUAUUCUAUUCCUGAAGAAAUGGAGGAAGGAUCGGUUGUUGCAAAUGUAGCCACUGAUUUAGGAUUAGACAUAAAAACGUUGCGCGACAGAAAAAUGCGUUUAGAUAUUUUGGCAAACAAAAAGUAUUUGGACAUAAACAAAGAGACAGGAGAACUAUAUAUUGUAGAAAGAAUGGACAAAGAGUAUUUAUGUCCCAGUAAAACGGCAACGGUUUGCUUCCUGAAACUAGACGCUAUCAUUGAAAGCCCUGUAAGAAUUUUCAAUAUUGAAUUAGAAAUAAUGGAUAUCAACGACAACUCACCGCAGUUCCGCAGGGAUAUAAUACAUUUGGAUAUCUCAGAAUCUACACCAGUGGGGGAACGGUUCUCUUUAAAUAACGCAGUCGACCUUGAUGUUGGAGAUAAUUCUGUUAAAAAUUAUUUUAUAAGCGAAAGCGAACACUUUAACGUUGAAAUUCAAACAGUCAGGGAUGGUUCUAAAUUCGCCGAUCUGAUUUUGAAAAAGGCCUUAGACAGAGAAGAACAAGCUGUUCAUAACUUAAUACUCACAGCUGUGGAUGGUGGCGUCCCUCAGCGCUCUGGUACAGCCAGUAUCAUUGUUCGUGUACUAGAUACAAAUGACAACGCCCCUCGAUUUGACAAGGAAAGCUACACAAUUAACCUAACUGAAAACACACCUAUCGGCAGCCUGGUAGUAAAGUUAAACGCAACAGAUCAAGAUGAAGGAUCUAACUCUGAGAUUGAAUACUCAUUCAGUCUCUACACCUCUGAGAAAACACAAGAAACAUUUAGUUUAAACCCAAAUACCGGUGAAAUUAGAGUUAAAACAAUGGUUAAUUACGAAGACUUCAGAAUAUAUGAUAUGGAGAUUAUAGCAAAAGAUAAAGGAACCAGUCCGUUAUCAGGCCAGUGUAAAGUACAGAUUUUAAUUACAGAUAUGAAUGAUAAUCAUCCAGAAAUAUCCAUAAAAUCAUUCCAAAACCCUGUAAAAGAAAAUGUCCCUUUUGGCACUGUUAUUGCUGUAGUCAGCGUGAGCGACAAAGACUCUGGGGAUAACGGAAUUGUAGAUAUUCAUAUUUCUAAAAAGUUACCGUUUGCAUUGAAAGAGUCUUCAGAUAACUACUACGAACUUGUAAUAUCAGAAGUACUGGACCGUGAAAAGGUCUCGGAAUAUGACAUUACACUUACUGUGAAAGACAGAGGCUCUCCUCCAUUAUUUGAUAACGAGACGAUAACCCUUGAGCUACUUGACGUUAACGACAACGUACCGCUAUUUCCUCAGUCAUUUUACAAGAUAACUGUGAUGGAAAACAAUGCUCCCGGAGCCUUGCUAAGUUCACUCACGGCUAUGGAUCCAGACCUACAUGAAAACCAGUACUUGGUUUACUUCAUAAUAGAAAAGGAAAUUGUCAAUACAUCGAUGUCUAUGCUGUUCUCCAUCAACCCAGAGAAUGGCAAUCUUUACGCACUAAAAACUUUUGACUACGAGAUAGAGAAGGAGUUUCUGUUCCAUAUUGAAGCCAGGGAUUCGGGUAUCCCCCCACUGAGCAGCAAUGCGACCGUUCAUAUCAUCAUAAUGGAUCAGAAUGACAACACUCCCGUUAUCGUCUCUCCAUGGCGCGCGCACGGUUCCGUAGUUGAGGAAAGGAUCCCAAGAUCAACAGAUAAAGGAUCUCUGGUGGCUAAAGUUAUCGCCAUAGACACAGACUCUGUGCACAAUUCUCGAAUAGCAUAUCAGUUCCUAGUGAACACUGAUGCGACAUUGUUUAGUCUGGACCAGUACAAUGGAGAGAUACGGACUAUGAGGAUGUUCAGUUACAGAGAUGCGCGUCAUCAGCGUUUGGUGGUCAUCGCCAAAGACAACGGAGAGCCCGCUCUGUCUGCAACGGUAACAAUCAAGCUGUCCACAAUAGAGACCGCUCUUAAGUCAUAUUCUGACAUGACUGAAGUGCCUUUAGAGUAUGACAUAUUUUCAGACUUAAACCUGUAUCUGGUGAUAGGACUUGGUUCUGUAUCAUUCUUGUUACUGAUCACCAUACUGGUCACCAUAGUGCUGAAGUGCCAAAAGCCGAAACACAGCAAAGCAGCGCCUCCUUCUAGGAACAGUGUGAUCAGUUCAGAGAGGAACUCUACCUUUGCGGAUUCUACACUGGUCUCAAACGAUGCCUACUGGUACAGUAUGUUUCUGGCGGAGACACGGAAAGGGAAGCUGGUAGUAAGACAGCCAGCGCCAAAGGGGGCGAGGUACGUCGUGUCCAGCUUACCAAGAGGCACUGGGCUCACCGAUACAAGCGAUUCGGCUGCUUCUACUCUUCAGGUAAGAGAAAGUUUAGACAUUCAAUAUUAACCUGACACAGUGACUUCUUUACAGAAAUACCAAAAUAGUGGCCUUUUGGUGCGUAAUC